AAAAGCGCCACAUUCGCUACUGUACGCUUGGUGCCUAAUACGCAUCAGCGCCAGUAAUGUUUCUUCGCAUCUUCUUCUUCAUAGUUCUACCGUGCGCCGGCAUGGCCGCCAUCUUUGUCAUCUACCUGGUAUUGCUAUGGUGCUCCCUGAGGAGAACAGGCGGAAUUGGGUACCCGCAGAAAGAUCCGAAGGGGUUAUCGGAGUCGGAUCUACAGAAGCUGCCGAGGAGCGAAGGCGUGGUUGAAGGGACGGAGUGCGCAGUGUGCCUGGACGAGAUCGAGAGAGGGCAAGUUGCACGCGUUCUUCCGGCCUGUAAUCAUGCGUUCCAUGUCCACUGUGCUGACACGUGGCUUUCGAAGAAACCGGUUUGUCCUAUUUGUAGAUCGACGCUUGGGAUUCCUGCAAUGGAAUGCCCGCAGAAUCGCUAAUUUUCUUUUUUCUGCCUUUUUGAUUUUGGGGAUUUUGACUGCUUUCGAGUUUUAUGUUAUCGGUUUGGCGCGAUGCAUGAUUUUAUCUUUAGGGUAUCGUUUGGUGCCAAGCGUACACUUGAUUUUGUAAAUGUUACUCCAUUAUUAUUAUUAUUAUUAUUAUUUACUUCUAAGCUAUUUAGAAUACAUAAUUUUAAUGUAUUUUAAAAUCU